AUGAUGGAGACAUUUAUUGUCCUUGGGCUAUGUUUUAUCCUAUACGAAGCAUUAGAUUUCUUUCAAGGAUGCAUGCAUAGUUCCGCACCUUCUGCCAGCGAUCAAAUCGAUGCCUAUCGUCGACAGCUCGACGAACAGCGACAACAACAACAACAGGAACAGUUCUUAGCAAAUUUAACUCCGCUGCUGGGCGCACAGUUAGCAACGCUAACACCCUCCACUACUCCGACGGCCUCAACGGCAAGUGUGAUUAGUGAUUUACGUGCUCAACAACAUCAACAGGAAAAACAAAAUAUCGAAAGUCACUCAGUGAGUACGUCAGCAUUGAACGGUGGUUUUCGACCAGCUCAUCGGAGUGUUUACGAGUCACAAGAAUUGCAUGCCACUUCAUCAUUGCCGCGUGAUUAUUACCACUUGCAGCAACAGCAAUUAAAAAAUAAAAAUUCUGCAAAGUCAUUGCUUUCGAAAUUCUCUUCCAGCUCAGAUAACCGCAUUUUUCCAGAAUCAUCGAGUGUGCUGGGUGUGCCCGCUGGUGUGAUAACCACACAACCUGGUUUGGUAGGCAAUACAUUUGAUUGUCAACAACCAGUUGUGGCACCGUCUCCUUUAGUGUUAGAUCUAAAACGUGCCAUAUUAAGUAAUAACAAUAAUAACAACAACAAUUACAACAACGAACUAGAACAAAGUGCCGUAGUAAAAACAAUAAACGCCACACAACAAAAACUAAUAAAACAACAACCACAACAUAGUUCAAACGGUUCAUUUAGUACCGAAGAGUCAGACAGUGACGAUUCAACAACGAGUUCUGGUUCCGCAUCAGCCGGGUCAGCUUCACUGGCCUCGUGCGGUAGUGAUCAGGAAACCGCAGAUGAACGUGAAUUUGCGGUGGGUUCGUGUUCUUCAUCGCAUGCUGAUUUCCGUGAAAUUGAGUGUGAACGCUUAAGGCGGAAAUGUGUGAGCGUUAAACGUAUAUACAGCAUAUCAGAAAAGUUCUAAAAAGUGGCAAAAAUAGUAGACAAAUGU